AUGACGGCCGAUCAUUUACUGGACUUUUCCACGCGCAACGAUUCCGGAAUUUAUUGCUGGAUGCGCAUAAUGUGGGGCAUCGGGAACGCCCAUGCCGGCGAACAACUCCGUGAUGUUGUCCGUCUAAUAGCCGCCUAUUUCCUUGAUCUGCCGUUAUUCCUGCCAGAAGUUGGCGAGAGCCUUCCCACGCUUUUUGUUUGGUGCGAGCUGAGCCAGGAUGCCCUUCCCACCACCACAAAACGCUUGAAUCGAGCUGACGUUUCGCUGGCACUUUCACCGGAAUUAGGGCCAAAAUGCCCAGUGAUAAUGCUCGUCUUUCUUGGCCUUCCGUUGGAGGCGAUCCUCUACAGCGACCACUUUGUCGACAUCCGAUCCGGGCUGAUCCUGAGGAUAUUUGCCGAUUUUUGCUUCGGGUUUUCCUUGACCUCCGAUCACAUUUACUACAUGCUCCAUGAGGGAAUUCCGGAAGAGAUUGAACGGCUACUGGUAAAACCAAGCACGUCUACCGCCGGCGAGCUCGAGAAGUACUGUAGAAAAGCGGCGACGGCGAUUAUGGAGCUGGAUAUUUUACUAUCCACUAGUCGGCUGAUGGCCUUCGAAAUUUACCUGCUCGGAAAAGCAGAAUUCGUCUUCGCCCGGCUGCCCGUACAUAGUAGUUCGGAAUUUGCCAAGACCGCUGAUGCCCAAAAAUUGGCGAAAAAAUACAAGGCCCUACUAGUUGAGGAGGACAAGAAAACGAAUGAGCAAUUGCUGGAGAGCUUCUUCUCCCUAGCGGACGAGGAAGAUUUGGCACACAUUAACGUCUUCCUCCGGUUUAUUGAGGAACGAUUUCCGCGAAGAAACACCAUGCCCGCAUACUGUAGUGCUACUAGAGAGAUCUGGCUAGAGCACCUCUUCGAGCAUGAGGUAGAUGCUCAUGAGCGUGAGGUAGAUGAAGGAGAAUGGCUACGAGGGCAUAUUCGGGUGGAGAACAAGGUCAGCCAGCCGGUGUACACGAUGCUCCAAUACCUCGCCACCUCUUGGACUACGAUGCCUACUACGGACAGAUCGCUAAUAGCAAUCCCUCUACACGUCAGCCCAAAAGAUCUAUGCAUAGCUAGACCCCAGAAUAGCCCGAGGCUCGAGCCAACACAUCAAGUCGGUGGACGAAGCAUGAGUGUCGAUCAACCUUUUUCAAUGAUGUUGACCAGACCGUCGACUUCUGCCUACCAUCAGCAGCCCACUCAUAAGAAGGAUCUGAUUUCCGGGAGUCCUCCUUCCUCUCCCAAAUCGGCUCAUUUACCGAAAGGCCACGUCGUUUCACUCGAAAAUCAUCGUUCUACACCGAAACCGUGGCCAGCCCGCGUAAUUUGGAAGAUUGCGGUAGACAGAUCCAGAAAACGUAGCCUAGAGGUCGACCUCCAGGCCCUGAACAAGCGCCUCGACAAAUUCGCCAAGCUUUUUCAUCCCCGGAAAAGCUCAUCGUUGGAUUCGGCGGGGAUCAGUAUGGCCGAGUCGAAGGAGCCGGACGAUGAGGAGCCGGAAGCAAUUUUCGAGUACGAGAGACCGGCAGGAACUGAAGCUGAAGCUGAGCUCGAGGACCUGGAUGAGGAUUUUCCGGAGGCGGAUAUGCAGAUGCUCGCCAACGCCUUGCCACACAUAGAAAAGCUCGACUUUUCUCAAUUAUCUCCACCUCCGACGGUUGGAAGACGCAUCGUCGCGUCACCGCCCAAGAAGCUAGUGCCGCAACUAAUAGACGAUGGUGAUGACGUGGAAUCAAUUCUGACGCCGCCUUCAACUUCUUUUGAACAAAAGGGCAGCGCGUCGAUGAGAUCGGCGAGGGCCCAACGUAAACUCGGGCUGAUGGAUACUACGGAUAGAAUCCUGGGUUCGCAACCAAAACCCAAGAAGCAGCUUCGAAAAACCGAGAAAAAGACGGAGACGCGAGGCGAGCAGAUUAACAGUAGACCGGAUAGCGGGAUAGAUGGCUCACCAUCUAACCUACCAAAAUACCCAUUCGGAGGAGCUGCCGGAAGCGGACUAGUUGCGGAU